AUGUGGGUGGUUCAGGUAGUAAACAUCUUUAUGGAAUACAGCCUGAACGAGUACGGCGUAGUGCCCCGCACCAUAGAGGGAUUAAGAGGCGUACCCCUGAGUCCCUUCCUGCACGGAGGAUUCGGGCACUUGAUGUCCAACACCGUUCCCCUGCUGGUGCUGGGCGGACUGGUUGCGGUGCGGGGACAAGCCAACUUUGUGGGCGUUACGGCGUUUAUCAUUCUCGCUGGCGGCACCGGGCUUUGGGCGGCAGGACGGCCGUGGCCGUGGGACGACAUUCAAUUCCUGGUCCACGUGGGAGCCAGCGGGCUGGUGUUCGGGUAUUUUGGAUACCUGGUGGCCCGGGGCUGGUACGAACGGAGCUUCCUGUCCAUCUUCGUGGCGCUGGUGGUGAUACUGGUUUUUGGUACAGGCAUCUUUCUGGGAUUGCUGCCCACGGCGCCGCACAUUUCGUGGGAAGGACACCUGUUCGGGCUUAUCGCGGGGGUGCUGAUUGCGGCGUUUACUCGAGACCAGUUUCGCCAGGCCCGACAGUCGGCCGUUUCCCCCCAGAGGCAGCGGAACGUAUAA